UUUGAAACAUGGCAGAUUACGGAGCUAAUAAGCAAUUUAGGAAUGAAAAUGCGAAUAGACUAGCUGAGGCAAAGACCAGCCCCAAAAUUAGACCAAGCGAAGGAAGCCCAGGACUGGAGGGAAGCUCUUUUCAAAGAAGUAGAAGAGGACAUAAGAACUCAAUGAUUUCAACCAACCACAAAUCCGCCCUUUCCCAGUCGAGGUUUAGUUCAAACCACAGCCUGAGCGCUCUUGGAAGCCUUGGAGGUAGAAAUAGGUCUUUACAUGACAUUAAAACCCAAUCCCGACUCAACUUUGACCUAAAGCACACCUGCACGAUGAAUGAAAUUGAAGCAUCAGUUAAAUAAGUGCGAAAAGUUAAGACAGGCUGCUGAGGAUGAGUAUGAUGGUAGCCAGAAGCUCAGGUUACUCAACAGAGAGAACAAAAUCUUACAUAAUAACGUAAAGAAAGUAAACGAAUACCUUUCUACUUUCCUUGUACAUGUCAAGGAGUACAAAGAAAAGACUCACUCAUCUAUGAGCUUCAAGUAUGGAUCACAGGGCAAACUGAAGAAAACAAGGGAUCAGAAACUAAAAUUCCAAGACCAAGAAAAUCACAAUUACUCCAAGAUGUUGAAGAACCUCAGUGAGGAACACCAGAAAACGAAGAACAGAGUCUUUCAGGUCCAAGAUCCUAGGUACAUUCUUAACUUGAAGAGAGAAGUUAGAGAGACGAAGGAAAAGAUCAAGGAAAUGACAGCCCAGAACUUGAACCUAAAAACUGAGGAAUUUGGCACUAAUCGGAAGUUACACCAGGUUAUUAACCAAGGGAAGCCUGACGCCAUGAACAAGAUCAGUCAACUGCUCAAGGAUUUAAUAACACUAGAAGAGAGAAAGACAAAUUAUGAUAAACAGAUUGACUUCCAGCUAAGAACAGAGAUUGAUUUAGAUCAAGAGAUUGAAAACUCAAAAACUAGAGCAAAAGAAAUGCAAGAAAAGGCAAAACAAGAGGGAUUAUUUGACCAUAAAGACGAUAUUAACUCUCUUCUCUACAGUCCAGAAAGAGUCAAGACUAUGAAACAGAAGAUAGAAAAACAUUCGUUAAAUGCCAUCCAUAGGAAAUUUUAUACUAAAAUUUUCAAACAGAAGGAGAAGUUACAAAGAAUUCUUGAUAGUUAUAAUGAUUCUGUGAUUGCUCAUAAUAAUGUGCUUAGCAAUGAUGCCCACUCCUCGGCUACUCUUAACACAUCGAAGGAAUCGAGUAUUAAUAAGUCUCAAGAUCUGAUUCAGAUGGGAAAACACCCCUUGCUCCAGCAGAUUAAUAGCAGCCUAACUAGUUUGAAAAAGAGCCUCCCAAGGAUUACGAAUAAACUUAAAUGGGACAAGCCUAUUUGGUUUAAUAAGAACAAGUUGAACUCUCUCAAGAACACAGGGAAGAACAAGAGAAGUUUACAUUCAGAAGAUUCUAGACACCAACAGAACACCAGAAAUAGCACUAUAAAUAAUGAAUAUGAUGAUGCAUCACAAUUAGACAGAAGUAUUGGAAAUAAAGUAAAAGUCAGAUAAUUACCUAAGAAUGGCUAAUAAGAUCCUUCUGCUAGCUUAAUACUUAGCAUGGAGAAAUAACUCUGUCUAAAAUUUUACUGCUAUAAUAAUGUC